AUGGAGGACUCGGAUGACGAUUUUACGGCUGUCAUCAAAGUUAACAAACAUUUUGAAAACAGAUAUGGCGGCGACAAUCGGCAGAAAGUCAAUGAUCGUGAAUUGGAAUGGUUAACUCAAAGAAGUCACUGCACCCAGCUUGACCUUGCCUCCUUGAAAGCCAGCCACAUUGAACUUGAAUUCAAGUACAAACUUCUCGAGACACAACUAAAAGACGAGAGAUUGAAGUUUGAAUUUGAAAUGGACAAGAAAGAUAAAGAAAAUCAACUGAACAAAGUGGAAGUCUCAGACCUGAAACACCAACUGUCAAUCAUCUCAACGAAAUACGAAACAUUGAAGGAAGUUAGUGAAGGAGUUAGGAAAGAAUCCGCCUCUCUUAAGAAGCAGAUCUUGGAUAAAGAGAAUAUAAAAUUGUCAUCUUCACUGACUACACAAUUAGAACUUGAUAAGGAAUCAGAGUUAGAACAUUCCAGAGCGGACGAGUUUCUGGCCAAAGCUGAACUUGCAAAAGCAAAACUCGAAAAAAUUGAAAGCCUGACCAGUGAAAAUAAAACACUGAAGCAAGAAUUGACUUAUUAUAAAGUUACUCACAAGAAUUAUGAUAUAGUCAAAGAACAAUGCAUUGGCCUGCAGAAUAAACUCGAUCGAGCUUUGACGAACUGCCAACAUCUUGAAGAUACUAAAUUAGAGAAUGAGGUCCUGAACAAAAAGUUGAAAGAAUUUGAAAAGUUAAUUAAAUCUAUUCCUGGGGCCAAGAAUGCACAUGACGUGAUGGAGAAGAUGCUAGAGCUGACGCACAUCAACGAAAGAUACUUGCGCAUGUGCGGCGAACUGAGGAAGGAACAGAGAAGCAUAGAGGAGGAGAACAGUACAUUGAGAUCGGAGGCCGAUGUCUCGAUGAAGGAGAUUAAUCAGUUGAAAACAACCACUGGCCAGUUGAAAAGAGUGCAAAAUAAAUUAAGACUCGUCACUGCUGAGAGAGACAACUACAAGAAAAUAAUCGACACCUACGAGCGAGACCUCACGCUCUCGACGUCAGCCUACUACGAAGACUGCAGUGACGGCACUUCAAACUCCUCACAAAGACAACAGCAAAGAAACAUUAACAAAACGAUCAAUAAUAACAGCAGCGUUAAUAACAAUAGGACGACAACGUUAACCCAAAGACUGCAGCUGCUAGAAACCCAGUAUAACAAUUUAGUGGCUGAUUAUAAGAAGUGUGACACUGAGAAUAAUGAACAUCUUCAAAAGAUUGAGAAAUUGAAUGAAAAGAUUAUCGAGCUGGAGCACUCAUUGAAUGAUAGAGAAAAAGUAGCAAGGAAGGUGAUGAUCAUGUCCCGUGACGAUGAUGAUAAAAGCGCUGAUGAUAUUUUGGUUAAGUCUUUGAGAAAAACUAUAGAGGAAUUGAAGAGUAAAUUGUUAGAAUCCGAAAUGAAGUAUGAGAGGCUUGAAUGCGCCAUGGAUGCCAAUGACAUGAGAACCCAGGCAAUUAUGAUGAAAGGUCCUAACCCUUAUCAAACGUUCAGGCAAAAAAUUGUACAGCAGCUAGAGAAGAAGGAAGAAGAGAACCAACAUUUGAAGAUGAAGAUAAAAACUCUGAUGGAGACCAAACAAGACGAAGACCUGACAGUUAAAACAAACGCCAUGAUCGCCUCACUUGGCUCUGUGAAGGAACAAGAAGAGCUGAAAGCCCAGUUGCAGAAGGUAGAACUCAUCAACAAACGCCUGACGGAAAAUUACGAGAAAAUCUCGCAAAAUAUCAAAAAACUAGUGUCCACUUUACUUGGCUACACGUUCGAGAAAAUGGGCGAAAGUCUAUACAAACUCUGCAGCAUAUUUGCUAAAUUGCCCGACGAGUAUUUCCUUAUAUCGCAACUGCCAGAUGGUGAAUUUGAACUGUUGGGGAAUCAGUACUCUGAAUCAUUUUCAGACCUCAUUGAAAUUUAUUUAAGAGGUCCAAACGCUCUACCUCCGUUUAUGAGUGCCGUUACUUUGAGACUAAGGGGUGAUCUUCAAGACGAUACCACCAUGAUUGAAUGAUUAUUAACUGUAGGUCUUAAUGUUGGGUUGGGGUUCUGCGGCCUUGCAAUUAAUAAACUUGUUUUUGUUACCAAAUGUGGAUUGUGUCAUAUGAACUAUUAGAACAAUUUUUUACUAUCACCUCGUAGCACAUUCAAUUUUUGUACUUUUUUUAAUUG